CCCCUAGUAACCCGAUCACUUAAGUUGUACUCCAGAGUGGUUAAGCUCAAAUUGAAUGCAGCUCCCUGAAGCCAUCUUACAACGAAAGAGGGAUUUAGAGCUUGUAAACGUCAGGAAAAUGAGUUUAUUUGUUAUCCCUGCGUCAAAGAGAUUGGGUUAAACUAGAGUUGAGACACACUUGGGCACAGACUACAUCCUGGCACUUAUUUUCAAGCACAACAGGACCUCGCAGUGUCCAGGGAAACUUCCUGAUAAGCAAAAAGGAUGUUGAACGGGUGAAUUAAAAUGAAGGAAACUGCUAACCUAUCGCCCUCUGCUCGCGUGAAGAAGUGGCGCUCUUCACCUUUUUUCCCCUCGCCCUUUGUUUUCCAACCUCCUCCUUUGUUCUCUCUCUCUCUCCUUUGAGUCUCCUGCUAACUAACGGUAUGUGAGUGUUUGCUGCAUGUUGCCAUGGCUAUUCCUGGAGCCUGAUGCACUCUGUUACCUUCCUGUGAGACCAACUAACUCUGGGUGCUGCUGUGUUUGUGUGUGUUUGAAGAUCUUUUCAGUGAAUAGAAGAGAGAAAGUAGAAAAAGUGAAGGUGCUGACUGAAUGUGUUUCUUCUCUCCAGGCCCCCAGCAGCCUCCUGGAGGCUUUGGAGCAGCACCUGGCCUCCCUGGAGGGCAAGAAGACAAAGGAGUUAAACGCAGACACUAGGGCGUCCACCCUGUCCAGCGCCGUCUCGUCCCUCUCCUCCACCGGCAUGUCCUUCAGCCGGAUGGACGAGAAGGAGAAGCAGCAGGCCCUGGAGGAGGAGCAGGCCCGACUGCAGGCUCUCAAGGUAACACACUCUCCUCUCUAA